AAAUUGCGUACAAAGAAUUGAUUAGUAAUCGAUUAUGAGAAUUGAUAGUGAUAAUCGAUUUUUAAGUUGACGUGUAACUCCAACGCAAACAUCGUCUGCUUUGUUGGUUUUGAGCAUGUGUUUGUUGAAACGUUAGUGAAUAACAACUGCUGAUGAUGAAAACCAAACUACUUAAUUUUUAAUUUACAUUUUUCAUUUGUUUUUAAAUAUCGUUCACUUUGUGCUUCCUGGGAACAGUUUUCACAUGUUAAAAAACGCUGACAACAAAAGUCAAAAGAAACGUUUUCAAACCUGUUGCUCUCAAAGCAAUUAAGAAAGAUACCUGUGCCAUAUAUGCUGCCAAACCGGUUAUGAAAAACUGAGGCCGUUUAUAUAGGCCUAUAUUACCGUACCGUUUAUAUCAGUGGUGUUAGUAACGGAAAAACCGAGAUAACGAACAAAGAUUUUCGUAUCUUUCGUGGGCGAUUAUUAUUUCAUUCAGUCAAUCGUGGGACUGGAGAGUAGAAAUGGGGGAAGAAAUGGUGGUCCUCAACGAUCAGAAAAUCAGUUUCUGCCGAAAGGAUAUCAUAGGUAGAGGUGGUAAUGCAGUGGUUUUCCGUGGCAGUUUUUCAGGGCAAGAUGUGGCUGUGAAGCGGAUUCAACUGAUUGACGCCAACUACGAAUUAAAUUCGAGAGAGUUGCUCAAUUUGCGCCAACUCAAGCAUGGCAAUAUUGUCGAGUUUAUCCAUGUCGAGGAUAACGACGAUUUCAGAUUUAUUGUUUUCGAGCUCUGUUAUGCAAAUCUCCGCGAAUACUGCAAACCUGUUUACACAGGUCAAGUGCUGUCCGAUGAGUCAGAUCAGUUAAAGGUCAUGUUACAACUUACCCAAGCUCUCGAGUACAUUCAUUCAAAGGACAUCAUCCAUCGUGACAUCAAGCCAGAAAAUAUUUUGGUUUCCAACAAGGAUUCUGUCAAGAUGAAAUGGGCUGAUUUUGGACACAGCAAACUGACCAACGAGCGCGGCUCUACCUCAAUGAGCGGGCGCCGUGGAACGAAAGCUUGGUUGGCAAAGGAGAUCAUUCCAUUCUUUAACAGGGAUGAAUUAGGAGGGCGGUGUUCUAAAAACAGCGAUAUUUUUGCGGCUGGAUGCGUGUUUUUCUACUUUUUAACCAGAGGAAUCCAUCCUUAUGGUGAAGAAAAUCGGUUAAUCGAGCAAAAUAUUUUAAGUGAAAACAUAGAAAAUAAAAAUGAAUUGAACGACGGUCAUGCUGCCAAAAAAACUGUCAUUCAAAUGAUGGAAGACCGAUUGGAUUUGGCGAAAGUUAUCGAAUGUUUCAAUGCAUCUCUUUCCUAGAUGAAUUUUGACCGCUGAGGGUAAUCAUUGUGUUAUCAUCAUUAUUAUCCCAUAACAUCCACCAUCUAUGAGUGCAAAAUUAACUUCCCGGUGAGAGCAACCAAACCCCUUUAAAAUGUCUUGAAGAAACAGUGUGGUAAUUCUAUCCUGGAAUAACACAUUUAUUGUGUGUAACCUAAGGGUGAAUCCAAAAUACUAAUACAGAGUACAUAAUUUCCUCCCUAAUUAAAAUUCUGCAUUUAGUCUCCUCUGAGGAACGUAUAGGAGGGAUGGAACUGUCCUUGGGUUGGAAUGAAAAUAACAAGCUGACACCGUGGUCGUGCGUCCAGUCGCUUUUUUAUAAUAGCCUAACCUUAUGGAAAGCAAGUCCGUAGCCUGUAUCGCACCGUAUCUAUGAUAACAAUCUUACAAGUCCGAUAAGAAAUGUAAAUAAUUUCUGACAGAAAAUCUUUGGCGCCAUUUUCCUACAAAGAAGUUUCAUAUAAGCUUAUGCCGUUCAGUUACCUGUUACAUCAACUAAAAUGUCGGCCGAACAAACGCUGAUCAGUGCUAAUUUUACUUAUAACGACUCCAGUAUCAUAGGGGAAGGUGGAUACGGUGUCGUUUUUCAUGGUACUUAUUUUGGCAGAAAUGUUGCCGUAAAACGAAUUCAACGAUUCCAAGUAAAUCCACGUGAGGAGGCCAAUUUACAUAAACUCGAUCAUGACAACGUGAUACGGCUAGAACACUGCGAAGACAACAAGGAUUUCAGGUUCAGUAUUUUAAAACUUUUAGUACCAAGGAAUGCAAUUAUAAUGUAUAAGUUGUAACCAAAAUCUGAAAAUUAUUUUUUGAAUAUCUGAGGCUAUAUUUCAUUGCUAUUAGAUUUCUCGUGUUUGAGCUAUGUGCUACAGAUCUUGACAGCUAUUUGGAAGUAAAAUACCGCUACCAGAUAAGACUACCUCCUGACGAGGAAGUCCUCUUCAGCUCACCAAAGGUCUUCACUACAUUCACACAAUGGGGGUGAUCCAUCGUGAUAUCAAACCAGGGAAUAUUCUCAUUUCAAAAACGAAUCCUGUUCUGAUGAAAUGGGGUGAUUUCGGAUUCAACAAAGUUACGAAUAACCGUGGCUCUACGUCAAUGAGUGGCUUCCGUGGAACCCAAUGUUGGAUGGCACCCGAGAUACUUCCUUUACGCCAAAACAAAAAUGGCAGGGGUUCCAAGCAAAGUGAUACAUUUUCAGCCGGCUGUGUUUUCUUCUACUUCAUGAAAAGAAAAGUUCAUCCUUUUGGGAAACCAAAAUCGGCGGAAGGAAACAUCUCGCGCGGAAAAAUAGUUAACGCUAAACUCGUUGCUGAUGUUCCCGUCUUCCAAUUAGUGAUAAUUCCAAUGAUUGCCCAUAAAAGUGAAGAUCGCAUUUCUUUAUCGAAAGUUAUGGAAAUUUUGGAAGACCCUGAUGUAAUUAGUGAAUUUCAGCAAAAGACAACAAAAAACGUAUCAGAAGAAAGUCGGCUUGCUGAAAUUCGCGGAAAAAUGAUUUCGAUUGCAACUCUGCUGCAACAAAAAAAUAAGACGGGAUGGGUUAUCAAAGCAGAAGUUACUAACAAGACGCAAUUGCAAUCCAUGGAGAGUGUUAUAGAAGGAGUGCCAGGAAUGAAAUACUUUUCGUUGAGUUGAAAGACGAAAGUGAGGCAAUGAUUCGAGCAAGAGGCUGCAAAGCCGCAAUUUGUAACAAAUUCUAUCCAAAAUUUCAGGUAGGAAAAGAAUAUGUAAUCGUGAAAUCGACAUUGACCACAUUGCGUACUGGUGAGCCUAUCAUAUCUCUGCGAGCUGAAACGGAAAUAGUUACAAAUUGAUCUGAAAAUUGUAAUGUCGGUCGACAUUUGAAGUUUGUUUACUUCUGCAAUUAGAGGACGAAUAAACUUCACAGAACGACUGCGAUCGUCAUAUUUU